GGGCAGGACUUGAAAAUGGCGCGUUUCCGCCUCGGCCGGAAGUUGCUCUGAUGGGGCCCUUCCUUUCUCUAUGGCCACCGCCCAAGAGCACUUCCCGCAUUUGGAAGCGCCCGGUUCAUCGGUCGACUGGGGCAUGUAACGGUCGCCGUCGCUAUGGAGACGCCCGGGACGAGGGAUCUCCUUUCCCAGUCAGAAGAAGCACUGGCCUCUCCUUUGCCAAACGAAAGCAUAAACUCUCCAUUGCCAAACCUAACACCAAGACACCAAGAGCUGAUUGCCACGCCGUGUGGCCCUAUCAAACGAUGGUCCGAAUUAUCAUCCCCUGUCAAGAUCUACUUCUGUGUCACCAUCCUUUCGUUGUUGAGCGUCAUUGGAUUAACUAUAGAGACCCUCAUCCAGCAGAAAAACGAAGAUUUAACUGUGUCUGUCAUCCAGAUCAUUGGCCUUGUCUUCGGCAUCUAUUACAUCAGCCGGGGAAUCCUGCAGGAGAAUCGGCAGGAGCUGCUCGUCUUUGUCCUCUCUAUCGCCUUGGUCAUGCUCCGCUCCGUGAUCAACUUCACCGUCCUGCCCGCCAAGCAGAAGCCGGAGUUGCUGGCUCGCUUCGUCCUGAUCCUUCUGGUGGGGGCCUUUGACGUCUGCUGCGCCGUGAUCUUGAUCCAGAGUGAGAGCCGGAUGGCCUUCCGAGUGGGCGGCGCCUUGGAGAGCCUCCAAACCCAGUACUUCAUGCUGAACCUCUGCUUUUCCAUGCUGACCUUUGACCUCCAGGCUCAGCUCUGUUUGUCUGUCCUGUUGCUGACCACAACCCGGGAGAUUUCCAAUCUGCACAGCGUGUUCCUGGCUGCUGGGAUUUGCUGGGCUGUUCUGAAGGUAGCUUGCGGCAUCACCGCAAUCUUAAAAGAGUUAAAACCUCUCGCCUGGAUUUUUGUGAUUCAGAAUUUACCCGAAGUGGCUUAUCUGGCAUACCUUCUGUACGCGGUAAGUCUUGCCAAACAGUUUGCUGAUCUCAGGAGGAUAAGGGGGAAUUUCUUGCUCGUUCAAAGGCAACCCUGGGAAAGAAGGAAGUUGAAAGGAUGGCAGCAACUUGUACCCUGAAAUUCCUGAAAUGGAAUUGUGGAGCCCGAAGAAACAAGAAAAUGCAAAUUCCCAGAGCGUAUCACUUCUUUUAAAAGUACCCAGCAUGAUAAAAGCAUGA